AUGAAUGGGGACCUCAGUCUAUCGAGGGCCCUCGGGGGACUACGAAUAGCCAAUCCAGACGACGCCGAUGCCUCUCCAAGCGACUCCCAAGAUGCCGAUACCCCAUUAUCGACCGACCGGCAACCAGACCAUGAUAGUCAGCGCCAGCAACAGUAUCAACUCGAUGCUCAUACCCGUCUAGCGCCCCUCGACGACCCGACCACACAACCAUCCCCGAGUCCGUUUGGAUCUACUCCCACCUCAGACAACUUGUUGUCUCCCAUAUCCCACACACAAUCCUCCGAAGCGCCGUCACCCGCAUACGAUGGCUCACCGAGCCAUGUCGAACCCCGCCGAACGAGCCCUAGUGCCGCAAUGCGGGCAGAUGUCUACAGACAGCCCGUCUCCCCAUACUCCGAACUUGACAGAGCUCCAGGGAAUCGAUCUUCCGUGUCGCCAACAGCGCGGCCUGUUUCUGCACUAUAUAGCCACCAACCCGUGACAACUGAAGAGGGACAUCCGCUUCAUCAACCACAAGGUCAAAGCGACCGGGCGCGGCAUUCUGCCUACGGAUUGCUCGCCAGGCAAGAUUCAAACCACCUUCAGGGCUAUCCAGGCAGCUCAACGCCAACGAGGGAGCCGAGUUACAGGGCGCCGGCCAAUCCAACACGCCAAUCCCAGUUGCCUCCUGGCUCCGGAUCCUUGCCCCCACGGAGGAGCUCGAAAGGCAUGGGCGGUGGAUAUGUUUCGGCAACAGCAGCGCCAGGAGGCCCCCAAGAUCCCUAUGGCCCAGAGGCGCCGCUACCGACUAGUAGUGAGGAGUGGAAGGACCGCGGUGCCGCCGUAGGCGUGCGCCGAGAAACAGACUCGAACGGCAAAACAGUCAUCCGGCAUGUCAAGAAGGGAGUUAGAGACUUCGCCUUUGGACGCGUGCUUGGAGAGGGCUCGUACAGUACGGUCUAUUUAGCUACUGAUCGACAGACUCUCAAGGAGUACGCCAUCAAAGUCCUCGAGAAGAAGCAUAUCAUCAAGGAGAAGAAGAUCAAGUACGUUAACAUUGAGAAGAAUACCCUGAACCGCCUCACCGAGCAUCCUGGAAUCGUACGCCUUUACUACACGUUCCAGGACGAAAUGUCUCUAUACUACGUUCUUGACCUUUGCAACGGCGGCGAACUUCUUGGAGUACUGAAAAAGACGGGCUCCUUUGAUCUGGAGUGUACGAGGUUCUACAGCGCCCAAAUACUAGACGCUAUCGACUACAUGCAUUCGAGAGGAGUCAUCCACCGCGAUCUCAAACCCGAGAAUGUCCUCUUGGACGACCACAUGCAUGUGAAGAUCACAGAUUUCGGCACAGCCAAGCUACUCAAAGACCCGAGAGAGGCGCAGAAUGUUGGCGAAAGCGCGCGGGGACUGCCAGAGAGUGGCCGCAGUGAGGCAGACGACGACAAUCGGGCAGCUUCAUUCGUGGGUACCGCUGAGUAUGUCAGUCCCGAACUCCUGACCAGCAAGAACGCCUGCAAGGCGAGCGAUCUGUGGGCUUUCGGAUGCAUAGUAUACCAGCUAUUAGCAGGUCGUCCACCUUUCAAGGCCGCAACGGAAUAUCUCACGUUUCAGAAGAUUGUCAACUUGGAGUACGACUUCCCUACCGCAUUUCCACCAGCAGCCCGUGAUCUAGUAGAGCGAUGCUUGGUCCUUGACCCAGCCCGUCGUCUCACUGUCGAGCACAUCAAAAAUCACGAGUUUUUUGACGGACAACCAUUUGGCAAAGGCUUAUGGAGAACCAAAGCCCCACGACUUCGACCUUAUAAUCCUACACCACAAGAUCCGACUGUGAUUCAACUCAACGGUGUGAGCAACAGUCCGAACUCUGCUGCACCGCCUAGGAGCUCCCAGCCGCAAAGUUCGGCCCUGAACGGCAGCGCUCGACCAGCCAGAAUCAUCACGGAGCUUCCUCCUCCAACCCAGCUGGAUAUUGAGUGGUCUCCAGUCUUGACGAAGAACAAUGAGAGGAUUCUCAAACUGGGCGACUUGAUGGUCGUCUCGAGCCCCUUGCCGAGCGGCCAUGGUAAAGGCGGCGAGCAUGCCGAGGGACAUAAGAAGCUAUCAAGGUUCUUUGGCGGAAGUACGACCAAGAAGAGACAGAGGUUGGUAAUGAUAACUUCAAGCGGCCGCAUACUGCUGGCACCGGCUGGCGGAGAAGAAAAGCGCGCCAAGCAAGAAAUUUCACUGCUUGCACCUGAAUGCACCUGGAGGACGCAGCUUGACGUAAAGGGGCAGACUGUAUGGUGUGUCGAUGCGGGCGGCGUCCACUACACAUUUGAGGAGCCCAAGGGAAGCUCCAGCUCUUCAGAGAAUGGCACCACGGCCAGCGACUGGAUAGAGUCCCUAGAGAGAGCCAAGGAAUUGGCCUUGUCUCAAAACCUCUCUGGCUCUUAUGCCGGCGACAACGGCUUCGAUAUGUCAUCCGCAGUGUCGAGCCCGGCCAGUCCCAUCAUGCCUCCGAGCCAUCAUGCUCAAGCGGCCAUGAACCAGGCCGCCAUGGCGCAGCACCAUCCUCCGGGCCAGGCCCUCACGAGCGAGCUUGCCAAGCGUCGCAGCAGAAAGCCGACCGAUAAGACAUUGCCUGAUGGUGUCGACGAAUGCAUCACGGAUACCGAGGUGGCUCAGAGAUACAAGGAUUUGCGCGACUUCGAGCGACGUUUGGACGCAGCCAUGACGCGCAAGCGACUCGACAUUGUCGAAACAGUUGGACGAAACGCAAAGCACUACAAAACCCUUCGUAUCUGGAUCAGCAAUACUGUCGAGGACCAGGCAUGGCAAGGAAGUGGUCUCAGCGUUGAUAGCUUCGACUUCACCCCCAGCGCCGAGCCUUCUUACAGAGUUAAGAUCGAGGGGCGACUACUCGAGGACGGAUCGGACGACGCAUCGGGAGAGACUGACCAGAAGACGGAGUCUGCACAAGAAGAAGACGCGACUGGGUCAAGGAGACAAAGUUCUGCGCCUGUGAACCAGAAACAUCGACUUUCCCAUUUCUUCAAAGCGCUGAACGUCGAUUUCGACCGUACCCGCUCGAGGGCCGCAUCCGAUCAGACCGUGGAGUGGAAGAAACCUGCUUCGCAAGGCGCAGCGGCAAGUGCAGACUUUGACGAGUUCACCUUCAAGCGGAGUGGGGACGAGAACAUGAACAUCACUAUCAACCUCCAUCGCCAGGAGGAUCCGGAACGAUAUCUUCUCAGCCCUGAGCUGGCCGAUGUUGUGGACAUGACUGAGGCUUCCCGCCAAGAGGUCGUCCUCGCAAUUUGGGAGUACAUCAAAAUGAUGGGUCUCCAAGAAGACGAGGAGAAGCGCAACUUCCGUUGCGAUGAGCUUCUUAAAAAGAUUGUCAACGGCAGCGAUACUGGUAUCAUUCCUAACCUGAAUGAUUACAUCCAGCCCCACCUCCAACCUCUACCACCAGUCAGCUUACCAUACACCGUACGAGUUGAUGAGGAUUUUCACAGCGACGCCCAGCCCACCAUCUACGAUGUGCGUGUGGCGGUAGAUGACCCCUUGCGAGCCAAGCUGGUACCUUUUGUUACCACUCCUGCGUAUGCGAGCGCUCUUAAGGAGGUCGUUGCUAUGGAUGAGCAGCUAGCAACGCUUAUCUCGGCCGUCGCGAGCUCUAAGGCGAAGCACUCAUUCUUCACAUCAAUGAGCCAAGACCCCGCCAACUUUGUGAGGAAUUGGAUGAGUUCGCAGAAACGGGAUCUUGAGAUCAUCAUGGGCGAAGCAACCAGAGGUGGAGGCGAAGAUGCCACGGGCGACGACUGGCGACGAGGUGGCAGGGACAGCGUUUGGACGACAUCCAACGCGCGCGAAAGCGUCAGUGUCAUGCUGGCCAAGCAAGCCCCGCAGGCUUCUAGGUGA